GCGCCUUGACAACCGGCCCGCAUCAGAGAGUAAUCCACUGAUGUUUAUUUUUAGAAGCUCUCGGCCGCUGCGUGUACACUCGUUCAACACACUCCCCAUGUUCCUCCGGUCAAUAAUUUAGAUGCUGUAGGUCUGCCCUGCAGCACAGAGUCACAGAGCAGGCUGCUACAACUCUGCGCUACAGGACGCCUAAAAACAACGCACAGGGUGCACCGCCUGCCGAGCGAUGCACCCAAAAACUAUGAGCCAGCAAAACGGUAACCAAGGAGCCACAUCUGUGAGCACAGUUCCCUUGUUGGUGAAAGUGUAAACUUGCCUUGCCUCGAUGUCCAGAAAGCCCUCCGGCUCUCAGAGAGCCCAGCCACGGGCCACCAUGACCACAGAGUACCAGGAGAGGUUUCUUUCCCCGCACAGCCACAAGGCUGUCAUCUCAAGCUCAACACAGAAAGACCCUAACCAUCCACUGAAGGGGAGUGCCGACACGACCACUAUUCGCUCAUACUAUGUGACCCAAAAAUGGAUAAAACAUCCCCCAACGGCCCCACAGCCAUCUUUGCCCCCCAAAGACAAGACAUGCAGCAGCGUGCCACAAAAUCACGUACACCAGAUGGCAUCCAAGUUGGAGGACUACACAUCAGUGUACCAAAAGGAUUUCCAACCAUGGAAAGCAAAUAAGCGAAAGCCAUUUAAAAUGGCUGACUGCUUGAGAGCCAACGAAGGAUUAGGUGCCACAGACAACAUUUCCAAAGAAGGCCACUCCCAUGAACCACAACCUUUUGAAAGCGUCACCAGCUACAGAUUUGAUUAUGUCACCCAUCCAGUGCAGCCCAGGACACGCAGGGAGAAGCCUGUGUGCCAAACCAAAGGUCUGCCGGGUCAGGCUGCUGUGCCCUCGAAGCCAAAGGUGGCUAGGGACAUGAAACAAGAACUCUCUGACGAAGCCAGGGAAUUCUUUCAGCAAUUCAAGACCUGGUCCCUUGAAAACAAGUUUCACGGCCAAGGCAAAGCCAAAAAAUCCAGUCCACCAGCAGAUCACGCCGACUUCCUCUCCACAACACGCACAGACUACACGGCGCACAAGUGCCAGCGCACCAAACCGUUCCUGCCAUCUAAGCAAACCAUGGAGAAAAGCAAGGAGCCCUUUCAGGCAACGACUACCAUGAAGGAGGAUUACAAAACUUGGGACACACCACGGCACUUCCCCAAUGUCCGUAAAGCAGCGAUGGACUGGCCCGGUAGCCUUCAUCCCAAAUUGAAUGAGACUGCAGUCUGUCAUUCCAACUGUGAUGCCACCACUCAGGUUUCCGGCUUGGAAUGCAUCUCCAAUGGGAAUGAAGAAUCCAGGACGUACUGGACCACCUCUCUGACCAAAGGGGUGACUUGGGCCGACGGUGGAGUUUGUCAGGACCCCCCCACCACCAAAUACUCGGCUGCAUGGUUUUAAGCAGAAGCUAAGCUUUCCUAGAGACCAGGCUGAUGACGAGAUGCGGGCUGCCACACGUCACCUCGAGCAGUUUCUGCCUUCACACCAAUAAAAAGCCAUAAACCGUACUGAGAUUAUAUAAUGGCAGCUAUUUUUA